CCGCAGACUCGAUGGGCCGAAGGGCCUGUUUCCGCUCUGUGCCUCUAAAGUCCAAACUAAAGUCUAAAUUCUGUCCCAGCGUCCCCGCGGGGAAUGCAUCGCUUUGAGGGAUUUUGCAGGGAUUAGCGUGAAAGCUGAGCCCUUUCGCACGUCCAGUGACAACAAGCCCGGGGCGCAGCAUGAAGCGUCCCAGCUGAUCAAAGCGGCGUCCCUAGCAACCGCCUGUUCCAACCACAGAUUAAUAGCAACCGGGUGGAUCGCCACAUCCUCUUAUGCCGCAAAGCCUUGAGGUUUACACUGCAGCUCCGAGCAUUUUUUAUUGCAUUAUUCCAUGCCCUGUCCUUUAUAUUAAAGACUGCAAACUCGCAUGGGUUUCUAAGGUGCAUCAGAGCGGCGGCGGGUGCAGGACGAUGUCUUUCUCGCCAGACCUGCCUUUCUCCCCCGUUUCCAGCCUCUCCUUCUGCCUCAACGGACUGACGUGUCGAGAGAGCGACACCCCCAAACGCAGACUGAAGCUCUCUCCUGACGAUGGAAACCCAAGCCCCGAGGACUUGCUCGUUGCUACAGAGAACAAAACUCCUACAGGUCGAUCUCCCAUCUCACCAUGUGGAUUGGAGCCAAAGAGAAGACACAACAGCCGGACUCCCACAAGACCAAAAGCUUAUAAACCGAUGAGGCUUCUGGAUAAAAUACAGAUGAACGCAGGAGGAAAUUUAUGUCGACUGGGAAAGGAAAAUGAUCAUGACUGUGAGCAAUCAAGGCCUCCUCUCUCGUCGUCUAUAACUCACAUCGGCAGUAAACGAGGCGAACUGGAAGAUGGACUUCAAACCCCAGCACAGAAAAAACGGAAAAGCAGAGUCCUCACAAACCCGGAGCCGGAGUCGGGACGGGUUUACAAUUUCCGGCGUCUCUUCUCCUCCCAGAAGAUUGAAGUUGAAGACAUUGCAGACGCGGCUGAAAAACAAAUCAUCUGUGAUCCCCCUCAGGCCUGUCUUCUGCCAGUGGAGGAGGGCAAGCAUCAGGAUCUAAAGUACAUUGCUGCCCAAACGGUAGCUGAAUUGCUGAUGAAGAACUUUGAUCACCUUAUCGAUGAGUACGUUAUCGUGGAUUGCCGUUACCCUUAUGAAUAUAAGGGAGGACACAUUAAGGGAGCGCUGAACCUGUACACGGACGAGCAACUGGUCAACACUUUCUUCCCGACUCCGCUGUGGCCCGGGCCGGCGAGGGGGCGUUCUGUCAUCAUCUUCCACUGCGAGUUCUCCUCCCAGCGAGCCCCCAGGAUCUGUCGGAGCCUAAGACGACUGGAUCGGAAUAUAAACGUGUAUCCCAGGCUCUGCUUUCCAGAGCUUUACCUUCUGAAGGACGGCUACAAGCAUUUCUUCCAGCAAUUUGAGAUACUCUGUGAGCCUCGGGGAUACGUCCAGAUGCACCACAAGGAUCACCGGGAGGAGCUGCGCGCCGUGCGGAGGAAGGCGGGACUGUCGUCCGGACGUUGCAGGCGGAAGCAGCUCCUCACGGGGCCAAACGCACACUGAGAGUGGUAGCUCACGGAACAUAGAACAGCACAAGAACAGGCCCUUCGGCCCACAAUACCCAUGCUGAACAUGAUAUUUUGAACAACCUGUGCCCUCCAGAUCAUGAACCUUGUGAAUAUGGAACAGUACAGGAACAGGCCCUUCGGCCCACAAUGUUGGUACUGAACAUGAUGCCCAGACCAACUGGUUCUCUAGUUCCUGAUUCCCCUAUUCUGGGGAAAAAAAGACUGCCAUCACCCUAUGUAUUCCUCUCACGAUCUUGUACACCUCUAUAAUAUCACUCCUCACCCUCCUGCGCUACCAGGAAUUAAGUCCUAGCCUGCCCAACCUCUCCCUGCUCAGGUCCUUGGGUCCUUGCAACAUCCUUAUGAAUCUUAAACCUAUGUCCUCCCAAGAUGAUGAGGGGUGAUCUACAGAGGUGUAUAAAACAAUGAGGAGGAUAGAUAUGGUGAAUGCACAUGAUCUUUUACCUAGAGGGGGUAAAGGAGGGCACAGGUUUAAGGUGAGAGGGAUAAAAUUUAAAAAAAAUCCAUAUACAGGCAACACGGUGGCGCAGCUGGUAGGGCCACUGCCUCACAUUGCCAGAUACGCUGGUUCAACCCUGACCUUGGAUGCUGCCUGUGUGGAGUUUGUAUGUUCUCCCUGUGACAGCGUGGGUUUCCUCCGGGCACUCCAGCUUUCUUCCACAACCCAAAGACGUGGGGUUAUUGGCCCUUUGUAAAAUUGCCCCGAGUAUGUAGGGAGUGGAAGUGGGAAAACAUGGAACCAGCGUGAAUGAGUGAUCAAUUGUCGACAUGGACUCGGUGGGCCGAAGGGCCUGUUUCGAUGCUGCAUCUCUAAACUAAACCUGAGGGGCAAUUUGGAGUUGAGAACUGCGGCAGAUCAGUCAUAUAUAAUGGUGGGCUGGGCUUGAGAGGUCAAAUGGCCGGCUCCUGUUUUCUUGUCUUCUUAAGUUGAGUUAUUCAUUUGUGUUAUCCCUUUGUUCUGUGCAAAGGAUCCAGCCCAUUUCACCAUAACAAAGUCAAAGAGUUUAAUAGAUUAGUAUUAAGCAUGGUAUAUGGUACCAGUUUACUAGUUAUUUUAUGAGCAUGCUAGACUAAGUGGGACCCGUUGGGUCCCAUGUUCACACAGGAGCGCUGGUCCCCCAAAGCAAUAUUCCACCUCUCUACCAAUUCCACUAUUGGUUACCAGUGGAGGGGGGGGGGUCUUUCUGGAGCGCUAGCAUGGGCAUUGCGGGCUGAAGGGAAUGGUUUCCAGAGGGCUAGUAUGGACAUUGUGGCCGAAUGGAUUCUUGGGCUGGCGACUCAGUCACUCAAGCAUAUUGUGCUGGCAGCUCACUCACUCACAGCUGAUGGGCUGGUUGUUGACUCACGGCUAUUCCUUGAAAUUACAUUUCAAGCAGGGUGCAAUGCCACCAAAUUCAAGUGCAGUUUCAUCCCACUUCAAGCAGGUGCAAGGCCACCAAAUUCAAGUGCCGUGUCAUGCCACUUCAAGCAGGGUGCAAGGCCACUAAAGACAGAGAGUCGUGACCUCUCCCUCCCCCAUCUUGCAGAGACUGACUGAGGCACUCAACAUUUCCGGGUUUUAUAGUCCCUCCGGAAGGGGCGUGGCCUUCAGGAGAGAGAAUCUCAACAUUUUUUAAACACUAAUAGCUUUUUUAUUUUUUCAUCGAUGGGAAAAAUCCUCUUGUCCUGCCCAGCGGAGAGGGACUCUGAGUAAGAUGGCCAAAAAUCACAGUCAUAAGAGGUAGUGUUUUUU